AUGUCCGACCUCGAACACUUUGACCUCCUCCCCAUUACCCUCUCCAGCGACUCCAAAGAUGUCCUGACGGGGCGAAACUCACGCGCUCUCAACGCCGAGCUCGCGCAGCUCAACGAGCUGCACCGGGCGCUGCUAGCUCUGGAGACGCCGGGCAACGUGCCGCCACCGCCGAUUCCCGUGAACCCGAAGCGCACAGCGCAGGUGACGAAGCUGCGCGACAACGGCAACAACGAGUACCGCAAGGGCAAGUACGACGAGGCGAUCAAGAUGUACACGCUGGGCCUGCAGAUGGCGCUGCAGCGGCCAAUGUGGGAGCCGAGUGCGCUGGUGCGCGAGGAGGUAUCGGGCCUGCUGGCGAACCGCGCGCAGGCGCACAUGGCGCUGCUCAAUUGGCCCGAGGGCGCGGUCGACGGGCUGGCGAGCGUGGAGGCGCGGAGGGUGGGCAACGCGAAGGCGUGGUGGCGCAGAGGCCGCUGCCUGUAUGAGAUGGCGCGGCUGCAGGAGGCGAGGGAGUGGGUGAAGGAGGGGCUCGAGGUUGAGGGCGAAGAGGCGGACCUGGUGAGUCUGUUGAAGGACAUUGACGCGAGAAUUGAGAAGCAAAAGGCAGACCACUAG